AUGGAGUCCAAUCCAGAUUUACCGCCCAUUGACGACGAUGAGGCGGGCGUUAUGGGUCUCACAGAAGUCGAUCCUUCACCUGUCGAAGACACACCCGCGGAGUACAAAGCAAACAGCUAUUUCCCCGACCAGGAACGGCCAGAAGGAGGGGAAACAAAAGAGAUGCAGGGCAUACGACGGAUGAACACACUUGGAUUACGGUUAGGCGAUCGUGGACCAGCUUGGUGGCUCCUCCGCAUACAAAAAUAUUCCUCAUACACAUUCACCGCCUUCGCCGCCCUGCACAUAACAAACGUCUCCAUAAUACCCUUCGCAACCCGAUCCGUUCCAGAGAGCAAUCGCUACCUGCUCCUCACACGUCCCUACUACCAAUCCACACUCACUGAACCCCUCCUCGUCGGCCUCCCACUCCUCGCACACGUCACAUCAGGAAUUGCUCUGCGGCUAUGGCGAAGACGGCAAGCAUUGAAGCGCUACGGUGCCGAGACACGGACAGACAAGCGCACGAUUCCUUGGCCCGUACUAAGUGGGACGAGUGCGUUGGGCUAUGCGCUGGUCCCCUUCGCAGGGUUCCACAUCUGGACUACGCGCAUAUUACCGCUGUAUGCGCAUGGAGACUCGUCACUGAUUAGUUUGAGUUAUAUUUCUCAUGGCUUUGUGUUGCAGCCCUUUGUCUCGUUUGCCGGUUUCACGGCCAUGGUAGGUGUGGGUGUCUGGCAUUUUGUUUGGGGUGGAGCCAAGUGGUUGGGGUGGGCACCAAGUCAAGUCAGCUAUAAUGAGGAGGAUCGAGAGUUGGUGAGGAAGAAGAGGUGGUAUGUUAUCAACGGAAUGAGUGCUGCGAUUGCAGGACUUUGGCUGGCUGGCAGUCUAGGGGUUGUGGGCAGGGAUGGCAAGAUGGGAGGGUGGGUCGGCAAGGAGUAUGAUGAGUUGUACAAAUAUCUGCCUUCGUUUGUACGUUGGUGA